GCUGACCACAAUCAACAAGAUAUGCAAACUACAGUAUGUGCUUUUGGCUACAGCUUUUAUUUAAUAAUUAGUGAUUCUCUCGAACGAGAAUUUAAUUUACGAGAGUUAAGCUUCCGAACCAAGACCUUAAUACGCGAAAUACGGUCCGCGAAAUAAGCAGACCGCGCUCCGCGUAGUGAUUGUUUAGCAAAAAUACAAGAAAAGGCAUUUUUAUUUUUUAUGAGACUAGUGAAAUCAUGAAAUUAAAAUAUCAGUACAAUAGUUUGUAGCCUAUGUUAUCUGCCAAUGUGCAGAACAAUCAAAGUUAAAACCUAUGACCAAACCGACAAAAUUAAUCCAUUUAUAUACAUAUAUUUAUGUAUGUAUCGAUAUAUAGAUAUCCAUAUUUUUGUCUUCGGAUGAGAAUUCCAAAACCUCAACACUAUAAAUGAACAAUUUUGAGAUAACUAAAAAUAUAUAUAUAACAAACAAACUAUAAGAGUAAAAUUGUUUCUAUGGCAUCUAAUUCAAUCAAAUUGUCUUCAUUUCUACUUUUAAUCAUCUUCGUAUGUUCUAAUUCAGAGCUCAGCCAACCCAAAGAAACCAAAAUGGCAUUUUAUUUUCAAGAUUAUUCCGGUGGGCCUAAUGCCACCGUGAUCGAAAUAACGGGCCAACCAAACGGGCUUCUCAGUUUCACCAAAUUUGGAGCCAUCUUUUGUACGGACGAUCCAAUAACCGAAGGGUUCGAUGAAAGCUCGGCUCAAAUAGCCCGAGCUCAAGGUUUGUAUGUGACAUCAGCCCUAGACGGGUCGAAUACACACGUCUUAAUAUCGAUCGUGUUCACUAAUAACGAGUAUAGAGGUAGCACUCUGGAAGUACAGGGUACUAGUGCUCAGUUCGAGCGGGUGAGGGAGGUGGCGGUGGUGGGCGGCACCGGAAUAUUCCGUUUGGCACGUGGUUAUGCUACCUUUGAGACAUUGCACUAUGAUCAUGCACUUCAUUACGCGGUCAUACAGUGCAACGUUACCGUGUACCACUACUAAUUUUGGAUGUCGUCUUUUAGUUUAAUUUCAAGUUUAUGAACAAAUAAAAGAAUUCUAGUACUCAAAAUUAUUUUCCAUUGAAGUAAAAAAUAUAGCCCUCAAUAAUAUGUAUUUUUUAACAAGAGUUCAAUAUUGUGAUUGGUUAAUUGUUUUUUUUCCCCAUAAAUCUUAAAGUAAUCCCCAUCUUAGCAAAUGCACCAGCAAUACUAUUAAGCUCUGGAUAACAAAAGGUUAUUUUAAAAAUUAUAAAUUUAGUUAGCAUCUUCUGCAGUGCAUCAUAUAUGUUCUCUACAUAUCUCCAUGCCUACUACAAGUCCAGGGAAUGACUACAGGGUGGGCUUAAAUUUCCGGGGGUUGGGGACAGAGCCUCUGAAAAAAAAAAUUUGGACUUUUUUUUUUGAA